AUGCAGGCCAAGGAGCUUCGCUUCUCUCAAGAAUUAAAGCAACAUGAAAAAAUUCAUACAGAUGAAAAGGGUUUUGUGUGUUUAUACUGUGAAAAGAAAUUCUUUGAGAAAUUGGCCAUGUCAAGGCAUAUGAAAAGAAAUACUGGCAGGAAGCAGUUUAAAUGUACAUACUGUGAUAAAAGUUUCAAGGCAAAGUGCAUUCUUAGGAAACAUGUAAGAAUUCAUCAAGAAACAGAAGAAAAUUUAAUCAAAGGCAGUAUCAUCGUCCACGAGCAAUUAAGCAGUAUCAUCGUACCCGCACAGUCAGGCAGCAUGAGCAUCUACCAGUAG